ACUCUGGCGCGCGCCUGCGCCUUCACACCCCUCUCGUUUCCUAUCCGGGUUUGACCUACAGCCACCCGGGAGAAGAUGGCCGCCCCAGCAGCGUCGCGGCUUUCGCGGCAGGUGCGAUGCUUCAGUACAUCUGUGGUCAGACCAUUUACCAAGCUUGUGAGGCCACCUGUUCAGAUAUAUGGCAUUGAAGGUCGCUAUGCUACUGCCCUUUAUUCUGCCGCAUCUAAACAGAAUAAACUGGAACAAGUAGAAAAGGAGUUGUUGAGAGUAGCACAACUCCUGAAGGAACCCAAAGUGGCUGCUUCUAUUCUGAAUCCCUACAUUAAGCGUUCUGUCAAAAUCAAAAGCCUAAAUGACAUGACGGCAAAAGAGAGGUUCUCCCCCAUCACGGCUAACCUGAUCAGCUUGCUUGCUGAAAACGGGCGCCUAGACAAUACCCAGGGCAUCAUCUCUGCCUUUUCGACCAUCAUGAGUGUGCACCGUGGAGAAGUCCCUUGCACAGUGACCACUGCAUCUCCUUUACCUGAAGCUAUUCUCUCUGAGUUAAAGACAGUCCUGAAGAGCUUCCUGAGUCAAGGCCAAGUAUUGAAAUUGGAGGUUAAGACUGAUCCAGCAAUCAUGGGUGGCAUGAUUGUCCGUAUUGGAGAGAAAUAUGUUGAUAUGUCUGCAAAAACCAAGAUUCAGAAGCUGAGCCGGGCUAUGCGAGAGAGCAUCUGAGUGAUUUUCUAUCAUCAGUGAAAAUUCCUAGACAUGGAGCAACAAUAAAAUGCUUCCUGAAGAGAC